CAACAGGACAAGACCUCAUCCAACCUGCACGAGGCCGCGUCUGACUGCGUGUGCUCGGCCCUCUACGCCAUCGAGAACGUGGAGACCAACCUGCCCCUGGCCCUGCAGCUCUUCCAGGGCGUGCUCACCCUCGAGAGUGCCUACCACAUGGCUGUGGCACGGGAGGACCUGGACAAGGUGCUCAACUACUGCCGUGUGUUCACCGAGCUGUGCGAGACGUUCCUGGACAAGAUCGUGUGCACGCCGGGCCAGGGCCUGGGCGACCUGCGCACGCUGGAGCUGCUGGUGGUAGAAAUUUCCUUUAACUUCUGGUAUAGACUGGGGGAGCACCUGUACAAGACGGACGAUGCUGUGAUCCACAGCAUCUUCAAGGCCUACAUCCAGCGCCUGCUGCACGCGCUGGCCCGGCACUGCCAGCUUGACUCCGACCACGAGGGAGUCCCGGAGGAGACCGAUGACUUCGGCGAGUUCCGCAUGCGUGUCUCGGACCUGGUGAAGGACCUCAUCUUCCUCGUGGGCUCAGUGGAGUGUUUUGCUCAGCUCUACGCGACGCUCAAGGACGGGAACCCGCCCUGGGAGGUGACAGAGGCCGUGCUCUUCAUCAUGGCCUCCAUCGCCAAGAGCGUCGACCAGGAGAACAACCCGACGCUGGUGGAGGUGCUGGAGGGCGUGGUGCGGCUGCCCGAGUCGGUGCACACGGCCGUGCGCUACACCAGCAUCGAGCUGGUGGGCGAGAUGAGCGAGGUGGUGGACAGGAACCCGCAGUUCCUGGAUCCCGUGCUGGGCUACCUGAUGAAGGGGCUCUGUGACCGGCGCCUGGCGUCGGCCGCGGCCAAGGCCAUCCACAACAUCUGCUCCGUGUGCCGGGACCACAUGGCCCAGCACUUCUCGGGGCUGCUGGAGAUCGCCCGCGCCCUCGACUCCUUCGCGCUGUCGCCCGAGGCCGCCGUGGGGCUGCUCAAGGGCACGGCGCUGGUGCUGGCCCGGCUGCCCCUGGAGAAGAUCUCGGAGUGCCUGAGCGAGCUCUGCGCCGUGCAGGUGCUGGCGCUCAAGAAGCUGCUCUCCCAGGAGCCAAGCAAUGGCCUCUCCUCAGACCCUACAGUGCCCCUGGAUCGACUCGCCGUCAUCUUCAGACACACCAACCCCAUUGUUGAGAACGGCCAGGUCCACCCGUGCCAAAAAGUCAUUCAGGAGAUCUGGCCGGUGCUGUCGGAGACCCUGAACAAGCACAGUGCCGACAACCGCAUCGUGGAGCGCUGCUGCCGCUAUGGUGAAUGUGUACCGGGAACACCAGCACUCCUGUUUCCUCUACCUGGGCAGCAUCCUGGUGGAUGAGUACGGCAUGGAGGAGGGCUGCCGGCAGGGCCUGCUCGACAUGCUGCAGGCUCUCUGCAUCCCCACCUUCCAGCUCCUCGAGCAGCCCAACGGCCUCCAGAACCACCCUGACACCGUGGAUGACCUCUUCCGCCUGGCAGCCAGGUUCAUCCAGCGCAGCCCCAUCACCCUCCUGCGCAGCCAGGUGAUGAUCCCCAUCCUGCAGUGGGCCAUCGCUGCCACCACCCUGGACCACCGGGACGCCAACUGCAGCGUCAUGAAAUUCCUGCGGGACCUGAUCCACACCGGGGUGGCCAACGACCAUGAGGAGGACUUCGAGGUGCGGAAGGAGCUCAUCAACCAGGUGAUGACCCAGCUGGGGCAGCAGCUCGUGAACCAGCUCCUGCAGACAUGCUGCUUCUGCCUCCCGCCCUACACCCUGCCCGACGUCGCCGAGGUGCUCUGGGAGAUCAUGCAGAUCGACCGCCCGACGUUCUGCCGCUGGCUGGAGAACUCGCUGAAGGGGUUGCCAAAGGAAACCACGGGCGGAGCCAUCCAGGUGACACACAAACAGCUCACCGACUUCCACAAGCAGGUCACCAG